AUGCCUCUCUCCGUUGGCUCGCUGGCCUCCUCCAACAUGCUCCGCCUCCUGCUGUACCUGGCUGCUCUCUGUCAGCUGACAGGUGCGAGUUCGACCCCCGCUACCUGCACUGUGAGCGGCCCCGCUGUCAUCGAUUUCAGCCGCCGUGUUAGCUUCAUCCGGGACCGCUGUGCGUACACUCUGAUGUCCGGGCCGGGCCUCCAGCUGCUGGCCGCCUUCAAGGAACGCCGCCGCACAGACGUCAGUUUCUUGGACCGUGUGAUCCUGCGUCUGGACGAGCCGGCUGUUGACAUUCACCUGGGACAAGGCGGGAAAGUACAACUGAACGACUCAACGCUGAGUCUGAACAGCUCGUCUCAGACGCCACACGGCGUGGAGAUCUCUAAGGAAGUGAACGGAGUCACCGUCAGAGUGUCGCUCUCCAACUUCCUCACCUCGAUCUUCUUUGACGGCACCACCGCACAGAUCUACGUAAAAGGACCAGAGCCGGCCUCCCUGCAGGGGUUAUGUGUGAACUCCAGCAGCUCUCUGAGGGAAGUGAUGCUCUCUGAGUUCAGCUCCAGCAGCUGUGAGACUCAGUCCAGUGAAGCCGCUGACGGACGGAUCAACUGCACCAAGAUGACCGAACGCUGUAAUCUUCUGAAGGAGGCGCCCUUCACUUCCUGUCACAGCCACAUUGACCCGGAGCCGUACGCCGCCGCCUGCAUCGACACGCUGUGCAGAUACCCGGCGGUGGACGGGCUCAGCUGUCAGUUCCUGGAGGCGUACGCCGGCGCCUGCAGCCUGCUGAGUAAUGACACACUGGAGGGCUGGAGGUCAAAGGCCAGCUGCUGUAAGAGCGGUUUCUGUCAGGACACCUUCUGCAGUGCUCACGAGUUCUGUGGCGAGGACGUCGGCGGCCGACCCGCCUGCCUCUGUCGGGCGCAGUUUGCCUCCAAAUACCGACCGACGGGCGCUUUGGGUGAUCCGACGGUCUGCAGGCAGAACUACGCCUCCGUCUCCCUGGCUGGUUGUCUCCUGGCAGAAAAAGGCAUCAACAUCUCCGUCCUGCAUCUCAACGACCCAGCCUGCAGAGGCCACGUGGAUGAAAGGACCCACAUGGUGACGUUCGGCUUCAACGACAGCAAACCCUGUGGGACAGUCGUCAUGGCCUCAGACAACAAAAUCACCUACAAGAACACCAUCAAGACGGACAACGCCACGUCUGCUCCCAUCACUCGCCAAGUCUUCACGAACAUCGACUUCUCCUGCUUCUACCGCCAGCCGGAGGUCAAGGCCAUGUCUUUCAAAAUGAAAGGAGGCACUGCGAUGCAGCAGAUUGAGUCUGGAUCAUGGAACUACAGUCUGUCUAUGAGCAUGUUUGCCGACGCCGCCUGUACUACGCCCCUCGACUUCUCGGGCGGGAUCCAGACGGACCAGAUCAUCUACAUGAACCUGGACACCGGCGGGCUGGACGGCAACAUCAUCACCCUGGUGAUCAAGGCCUGCUGGGCAACCAGCGCGCAGAAUGGCGGCGGUCUGAGAUACGACCUCAUCAUAAACGGCUGUGGGAACCCGUCCGACCGCACGGUGAAGGUGGUGGAGAACGGGAAGGGGGGAACCGUCUUAUCCUUCCAGAUGUUUCAGUUUAAAGGCGACGCCAGCGGCGUCUUCCUCAGUUGCAAGAUGAAACUGUGUCUGAAGAGCGACCUCGGCUGUCAGCCGAACUGCCAGCAAAAGAACCGGAGACAGAGAUCUGUCCGGCCUCUGUAUGAAGAUGAGAACCCAGCCAUCGUCUCUGUGUCCUGGAGCUAG